GAAACCGGGAGCGAUUGGUACUGUGAUUGGACAAAUUACCACGUGGUCAAAAUCGACAUACCCGGAAGAAUGACAUGUUUAUUGUAGCUAACAUUUUAGGUAUCUUAAUGCCAAGAGGCCACAAACGGCGGCUGGACAAACAUGGCUUCCUACUUUGAAGAGCACGACUGUGAGCCCACCAACCCUGAGGAGCAGUACCGGCAGAACGCGCUGCUUGAACUGGCCAGGUCUUUGAUGCAGGGUUUGGACUUGCUUGACUCAGGGGGGUUCGACCUGUCAGACUGGGACCAGCGUCUCCCUCCUCCGGCUGCGAAAACUGCUGUCCAGACCCUCACUGUGGUCGUCAUUUCUCCAGAGCAAGCAGACAAAGGCCUCAAGUGUCCCGUCUGUUUGCUGGAGUUCGAGGAACAAGAGACGGUUCGAGAGAUGCCCUGCAAACACCUUUUCCACUCAGGAUGUAUUCUGCCCUGGUUGGGAAAGACGAACUCCUGUCCGCUCUGCAGACUUGAAUUACCAACUGACAAUCCGGAGUAUGAGGAGUUUAAGAAGGACAAGGAGAGAAGAAAACAGAGGGAGCACCGGCUGGAAGACCUACAUGGAGCCAUGUACACAUGACACGACGGUGCUGUUUGUGGCACGGUGAACUAUGAAAAGAAAAAAAAAAAAGCUGACAGCCUCAGUAACGGUGAAAUGCUGCAUUCAUGCCUUUUCAUUCAGUUUAAACAUGCGGAUGGGAAACAACGUUUAUGUCAGCCUCAUGUUUGUAGAGUCGAAAAUAUCAGAAUCAUCUCAAGAAAUUGUUCACAAAACAAAGCCUCCGUCAUAAUAUUACAAAUAUGUAACAGUAAAAAAACGUUCAGUCCGGUUUGAAGACAAGGCUCGAGUCCGGGAUAACAUGUUGGAAAAACAUGUGACAGCUGUUUCCUGUUCACUGGGUGUGGCGUGAAUGCAGCAUGACAAACAGAAAAUGCUUGUUUCUACGUUGGAUAAAUGCUCUUUUCUCACUCGUUAGGAUGAAUAGAUGUGAAGAUGUGUGUGCUGUUGCCAGCAGCACUGAAGCAUUGCACUUCAGCCUCUUUAUUCCUCUUUUAUACAUUUAUGAGCUUUGAAUGCGCAACAAAAUCUUUGCAGCUAUGUUUGUGUAAUUAACAAGAAUUAUUUAAAGACAUGAAUAUAUUUUAAUCAGCGCCUCCUUUUUUGUUAUGUUUUUCCACGAAAAUGUUUUCAUGUUAAGUAAUUCUAAGGUGCUCUCCAGCAGCAACACUUCCACAGUGUCAUUAAAGACAGAUUCAAAUCGA